UUUAAUACUUGUUUCAGCAAUCUGCAAGCAAACUCCACUCUUCAUUCUUCACCAAGCAGUAGCAGCGCCUUACUAAUGAGUCGGCCGUCGUGAAGCAGCAACUCCCCAGUGCAUGCUUUCGACUAGUUGGUUAAAAAAGAGUGAGACGUUUGAAGAUUUUUCCAGCAUUCAUCAAUGGAGUACAGGAGAAUUAAAGAUCAGGACAAAAAUGAGGCAGUUGAUGAUGAUAUUGAGAGCUCACACGGGAAAGCUGUUUCAGGUUCCAUUAAUAAUGUGGCCAUAUUGGGGGCCGGCUCAGGUGACCGAUCUAAGUGGAAGCGCAAGUCAAUAGUCACACUUGCAUUGACUGUGCUGACAAGUUCUCAAGCAAUACUCAUUGUCUGGUCGAAGAGAGCAGGGAAGUAUGAGUACAGUGUUACAACUGCAAAUUUUUUGGUAGAGGCUUUGAAGUGUGCACUAUCACUUGUAGCUUUAAUGAGAAUCUGGAGAAAAGAUGGUGUCACUGAUGAUAACAGGUUAAGCACCACAUAUGAUGAAGUUAGUGUUUUUCCAAUUCCCGCUGCACUGUACCUCGUCAAGAAUUUACUGCAGUAUUACAUAUUUGCAUAUGUGGAUGCUCCUGGAUAUCAGAUACUAAAGAACUUGAACAUUAUCAGCACUGGUAUUUUGUACCGAAUUAUUCUUAAAAGGAAGUUAAGCGAGAUUCAAUGGGCAGCCUUCGUUUUACUUUGUGCAGGAUGCACCACUGCACAACUUAAUCCUAGUUCUGAUCAUGUUCUCCAGACUCCUUUUCAAGGUUGGAUUAUGGCUAUUAUCAUGGCCCUUCUGAGUGGUUUUGCUGGAGUUUAUACAGAGGCCAUAAUAAAGAAACGUCCCUCAAGGAAUAUUAAUGUUCAAAACUUCUGGCUAUAUGUCUUUGGGAUGAUCUUCAAUGCCAUUGCAAUAGUCAUUCAAGAUUUUGAUCAAGUCGUGAACAAGGGUUUCUUUCAUGGAUAUUCAUUGAUUACAGUUCUCAUGAUUCUCAACCAUGCACUAAGUGGUAUAGCUGUAUCAAUGGUAAUGAAGUACGCAGACAAUAUUGUGAAGGUGUAUGCUACAUCUGUUGCAAUGCUGCUAACAGCUGUUGUAUCUGUGUUCCUUUUCGGAUUUCAUCUUUCUCUCGCGUUCUUUCUUGGAUCAACUGUUGUAUCUGUCUCGGUGUAUUUACACUCUGCAGGAAAGCUCCAGAGGUAGCGGUACAAUAUUCCUUCACCCAACUCUUCCCGCUAUUGUUUCAUUCUUUUCCCCACCCCAACUCCAGAAUUGUUACUCGAAAGUUUAGAUUCAUUGUUGAUGCAGAGAUGAACGUUUUCUUGAUGGACCGUUGCGGUCUGCAAGAAAUUUUUUUUUUUAAUGAUUUCGACAAGAUUAUGCUAAUAGCAAUCCAAUGAUUAUGCACAUGGAAUUAAACAGGCUCAUUACUAUACCCCGAGAAUUAUUAUACGAUACAUCUUAGUUUGUUGUACUAUUAA